AUGGGUAAUACAUCAACCAAGCCUGCCAAGACUCACCCGACGAGCUUACCACCGAAGAAGAAUGGAUUGUUCAGCAGGUGGGAGAAUAGGUUCCAAGAUAGUAAUAAGAUUAAUCAGAUAAGUGGUCAAAAUAAUGGAACGUCUGAAUCACUCCAGGAAGCUCGAAAACGUCGAAAGCAGAAGCAAGCCGAACGGAAUGGUUUAUUGGUCGAAGGAGGAUCUCAUCUGGGAGAGGCUGGAGUGGGUCUCGGACAAUUACUCUCUACUCCAGCUUCGACUGAUCCGUCUGGAGGAGGACAUAGUGCAGGUGCGUCUGCCUGUGGAGGUGGGUCUUCAGGAGGUGGAGGAGGGGGUGGUGGUGGUCAUAGUUCUUCGGGAGGUGGGUCUGGUUGUGGUGGAGGAGGAGGAGGGGGCGGUGGAGGAGGAUGUUAG